AUGAACCCUUUUGGCUUGAUACAAAUUGGCCUCAUAGUGUUGUGCACCACCACCAUCUCCAGUCUUCACUGUAAUCACCUUCCUUUACAGCAAAGAAAAGUGAUCGAGAACAGCCUGCAACUUUUGGACAAAAUGGGCAAAAAAUUUCCUCAACAAUGUCUAAGAGAGAAAAUGUCCUUCAGAUUUCCUGAACAGGUUCUAAAACCCAGACAGAGAGAGACUGUCAAAGUGGCCAUUGAUGAGAUCUUCCAACACAUCUUCUAUAUCUUUAGCAAAAAUCUGACUCUAGCUGCUUGGGAUGGGACAUCUUUAGAACAAUUCCAAAAUGGACUUUAUCAGCAAAUUGAGCAAUUGGAGGCAUGUGUAAUCAAGAAGCGGACCCACUACUUUCAGAGCAAAGAAGUCAACAGGCUGAAACUGAAAAAGUACUUCCAAAAAAUAGACCGUUUUCUUAAAGACAAACAAUACAACCUGUGCUCCUGGGAGAUCAGCCGUGCAGAAAUGAGGAGAUGUCUUCAAUUGAUUGAUAAAGUCAUAAGGAAACUUAACAAAUAA